UUUCGGGCGCACGCUUCCCUGGCGCGGGCUGCGCGCGGCGGCCGCCGCUGCUGCUUCCACCGCUGCUGCCGACUCCCAUGGCGGCUCCGCCCGGCCGGGGCCGUCGCCGCUGCCGCCAGCCGCGGACUGAAUGAAUGAGCCGGAGCGGCGGAGCCCGGCUGCCCGCGGCCGCGCUCACCGGCCCGGGACGCUUCCGCAUGGCCCGCGAGGAGCCGGCGCCCGCGGCGGUGGCGGCGGCCGGGCAGCCCGGAGGCGGCCGGGGCGGCGAGCGCGAGCGGGCGCUGCAGGGCCCGGGGGGCGCCCGCAGGGGGCGGCCGUCGCUGAGCCGCGCUAAACUGCACGGGCUGCGGCACAUGUGCGCCGGGCGCGCGGCGCCGGGGGGCUCCUUCCAGCGGCGGGCGCUGUGGGUGCUGGCCUUCUGCACGUCCCUCGGCUUGCUGCUGUCCUGGUCCUCGAACCGCCUGCUCUACUGGUUGAGUUUCCCGUCGCACACGCGGGUGCACCGCGAGUGGAGCCGCCAGCUGCCCUUCCCCGCCGUCACCGUGUGCAACAACAACCCGCUGCGCUUCCCGCGCCUGUCCAAGGGGGACCUCUACUACGCCGGCCACUGGCUCGGGCUGCUGCUGCCCAACCGCACGGCGCGCCCGCUGGUCAGCGAGCUGCUGCGGGGCGACGAGCCGCGCCGCCAGUGGUUUCGCAAGCUGGCCGACUUCCGCCUCUUCCUGCCGCCGCGCCACUUCGAGGGCAUCAGCGCCGCCUUCAUGGACCGCCUGGGCCACCAGCUGGAGGACAUGCUGCUCUCCUGCAAGUACCGCGGCGAGCUCUGCGGCCCGCACAACUUCUCUUCUGUGUUUACAAAAUACGGGAAGUGUUACAUGUUUAACUCAGGCGAGGAUGGCAGACCUCUGCUCACCACAGUCAAGGGGGGCACAGGCAACGGGUUGGAGAUUAUGCUGGACAUUCAGCAAGACGAGUACCUGCCCAUCUGGGGAGAGACAGAGGAGACGACGUUUGAAGCAGGCGUGAAGGUUCAGAUCCACAGUCAAUCUGAACCACCUUUCAUCCAAGAGCUGGGCUUUGGGGUGGCUCCCGGGUUCCAGACUUUCGUGGCCACACAGGAGCAGAGGCUCACGUACCUGCCCCCACCAUGGGGGGAAUGCCGGUCCUCAGAGAUGGGACUCGACUUCUUUCCUGUUUACAGUAUCACCGCCUGUCGGAUUGACUGUGAGACCCGCUACAUCGUGGAAAAUUGCAACUGCCGCAUGGUCCACAUGCCAGGUGAUGCCCCUUUCUGUACCCCUGAGCAGCACAAGGAAUGUGCAGAACCUGCCCUAGGUCUGCUGGCGGAAAAGGACAGUAAUUACUGUCUCUGCAGAACCCCCUGCAACCUCACCCGCUACAACAAAGAGCUCUCCAUGGUGAAGAUCCCCAGCAAGACGUCUGCCAAGUACCUAGAGAAGAAAUUUAACAAAUCUGAGAAAUAUAUCUCAGAGAACAUCCUGGUUCUGGAUAUAUUUUUUGAAGCCCUCAACUAUGAGACAAUUGAACAGAAGAAGGCGUAUGAAGUCGCUGCCUUACUCGGUGAUAUUGGCGGUCAGAUGGGAUUGUUCAUCGGUGCUAGUAUCCUCACAAUACUAGAGCUCUUUGAUUAUAUUUAUGAGUUGAUCAAAGAGAAGCUGUUAGACCUGCUGGGCAAAGAAGAGGAUGAAGGGAGCCACGAUGAGAAUGUGAGCACGUGUGACACGGUGCCCAACCACUCCGAAACCAUCAGCCACACUGUGAAUGUGCCCCUGCAGACGGCCCUGGGGACUCUGGAGGAGAUCGCCUGCUGACAGCCUGCCGACCACCCAGCAUCCCCUCCCCCACAGACCCAGGUCAGGGCGCCGCGGGCUCAGGCGGGAUGGCCCCUGACGACCGGAAGAAGCAAGAGCCCCCCGUGCACACAUAGCCAACUCUCUGCCAAGACCUCGCUCCAGCCACGUCUGACCCGCCGCGCCGGGCCCUGCGCGCGUCCCUCCUCGGAGAAGUGAGUCCCGUGCGUCACGCUCUGGAACGGACCCAGAACCGACCUGUCAUCACAUCUUACUGCCAGAUGUAUAAAGCACCUGCAUGCUCACGCUCCUCACGGCGCGGCUGCCGCGUCUCCGUACAUGAACGCUCAGCGGGGGAAGGGUGGGCUCACGCCGCACCCCCCACGGCCCUGCCAGGCCCCACGGAAUCCGAACUGCGCCAUUAGGAGGGGCUCCGCAGAACUGUCCACCACGUCCAGUCCUUGUGUCGUUCGUGAAGGUUCCUGACCCACCGCAGACCCCCCCCACCCCGGACC